CAUUUAUAACACGUCCAUUGAUUCCUGUAGAACAGCUGUUUUUUGUCUGAUACUUUGUUUAAGGAAUAUUUUUGUUGUAAACAAACAAAAUAAAAAUUAAUUUGUUUAUUUUAUACUAAAUAUUGUAUAUUCCUGUUAAAAUAAUUAAAAAAGAAAUAUGGCUUCCGCAUCCAGUAGUAGUGCCCGACAUUUGUUUGAUGAAAGCAAAAAACGUUUGUGUGCCCGUGUAGCUGUCAAUGUCAAUAAUUUGGGUUCAGUGGCCCGACAGGUAGUACGAAGUUCUAAAUCAAAUGAGAUUUUAAAUCAAAGCAUUCGUAAUUUCACCCAAGUCGAUAUAGUUUCGGAUUAUAGUGCUCAGAAUUUGAAUAAAAUGUCUUUGAUUUUACAACAUGUCAGUUAUCAUUAUGAUGCCAUGAAUGAUAGUGUCAAUCAUUUGGAUUAUCUAAAGGAGCAGGUUACGGCAAUGGAAAGGUGACUGGAGGCCAAAAAAUAGAAAUCCAUUCGAAAAAGAAAAUUAAUUAAAAAAAAUUUCAUUAAAAUAAAAAUAUGUAUUAGGCAUUUAUUUUAAGUUAUAGUUCGUUCUAUAGCUUUUAUAAUUUAGUUUAUAAUAUUAACUAUUUUCAGUUAUUUUAAAAAAUACAUUUAUUUGUUUUUAAGCGAUUUUUGUCAUAGCAUAAGUAUUGUAUAUUUAGUUAACUAGAAUUAUAAUUUAAUAAUAUUCCUCCAGUUUAUAUUAAAAAUUAUAAUUUAAACAAUAUUUUAUAAAUAUAGUUUUAAUAAAAAUAAUUUCUUUAAACAAUAAA